AUGUAGAGUUUUUAAUGACAUUAUGUUGAUUUUUUUCCAAUAUCGGUUUGAACUGUAAAGUUUUUCGGAGCGAAAUAUCUAUUUCUGGAACCUCUGUAGUUACACGCGAUACAAAUAAAUGUAACUUGUAACAGUUUUUUGUACUCGCACAUAUGCAAGGAUUUUUGUAAAAUUACGUGUUUCAACUGUCUGGAGUAGACAUGCAAACAAAAAGUCCAGGUCAUAUUAUUGCUUACCUUUCAAUAAUUGUAGAUUUAUCGUUUCAGAUAAGCUCAAAUUAUUCGUUAAUGGUAUAUGUUUUCAAGGGAACUGUUGCCGUCAAAAUGAAUAUGCGAUCUCUUUAUUCGACAACUAUUGGAAUAGUACCUGUUAGGAAUUCGAUCUUACUUGCACUUAGAACAUUGAAAUGUAUGGACUGAAAUGACCUUAUUCAUUAUAUAACUUAAAUACAUGCAUUUAAAUUUAAAAAUUCAAAUAUUGCCUCUAAUUUAAAAUGUCACUGAUAAAUGUCAAAAAUGAUAGCAGAAGGAUAAACUUCACCUAGAAAAAGAGGCGUGGUUUUGCUGGGAGUGUGAUAGAAAAUCCUUUUAGUCGAUUUUGACAUCUACGUGACAAGCAAUUUAGAAAGGUUAGGAGGAGAAUUUGAAUUGUGUCAUUCAAGUAAAAACACGUGUUUGAAAUGUUUACCACGUUAUUACACAUGAAAUAAGGAAUAAUUUUCACAAAUAAAAAUGGGAAGAAAAGCGAAAUUUAACGAAGGUGUAGUGGUAAAGAAGGGUCCUGGAAAGAAGACAAAAAAACAGAAGGAUCCCUCAUUUCCGAAAGCACUAAAAGAUGAUGAAACCUCACCAAACAAAAAAUUGAGCAGGCGGCAAAGAUUGAGAGCCAAAAAAAGAGAACAGAAGUUGAAAGAACGUGUAGAGAAGCAAAAACAGAUCAAUGUGAAGAAGUCACAGCAACGAAAUGCAAAUCCAUCCAUCAAUAAUAAAAAACAUUUUAGUGAAGAGUCCGAAUCUGAGUCAGAAUAUGAAGAACAAACUGAGGAGGAGGAGGUGGAUGAUAUCCUAAAACCUAGCACUAAAGGCUUUUCAGAUGACAAUAAAUUGUGGCUUACACCAAAGGUGAAUGGUAAGAAAACUGAAUAUGGAGAUAGUAAAGAAGACAGUGAAGAGGGAAGUGACAGUGAUGAUGUGGAACAGAGUGAAGAUGGAGAUUCUGGGGAAGAGGAGAGUAUGGAAGUAGGACAACUCGAUGAUUUAUCAGAUAGUGAUUCAGAUGAAAAAGAUGAAUUUUCCUCAGAAGAUAAUGAUGAAGAUCAAGAAGGAGGUGACAGUGAGGAUGAAGAAGAGUUGUUACCAAUUGAAAAGAAAAGUAUUAGAUUGAGGAAGAAACAAGCUUUAGAGCAAAAAUUGGCUGAUGAGGAAAUGAAGCUAAAUAUUGCUGAUCAAGAGAAAUUUGCCUUUCCUUCAAGUAAAGAGGAGCUGGAAGUACAAAGCUUGCAGGAAGUACAGCAAAGGAUACGAGAGAUAAUGGCUGUUCUAUCAGAUUUUAGUAAAUUGAGAGAUGGAAACCACUCACGACAAGACUACCUAGCAAUUCUAAAGAAGGACCUUUGCACCUACUAUAGCUAUAAUGACUUUCUCAUGGAGAAAUUACUGGAAGUAUUCCCACUUUCAGACUUAUUAGAGUUUCUCGAGGCUAGUGAAGUGCAAAGACCAUUGACUAUCAGAACAAACAGUCUGAAAACCAGAAGGCGAGAUCUAGCACAGGCUCUGAUCAACAGGGGCGUUAAUUUGGAUCCUAUUGGAAAAUGGAGCAAAGUGGGCUUGGUGGUAUAUUCAUCUCAAGUGCCUAUGGGUGCAACCCCUGAAUAUCUUGCAGGACACUACAUCAUCCAGGGUGCAUCAAGUCUUCUGCCUGUCAUGGCGCUAGCACCUCAAGAGAACGAAAGGGUAUUGGACAUGGCUGCAGCCCCUGGAGGCAAAGCCUCGCAUAUCGCUGCGAUCAUGAAAAAUACAGGGGUGCUAUUUGCAAACGAUGUGAAUGCAGAUCGUGUAAAAGCUGUCGUGGGGAAUUUUCACAGGCUGGGCGUUGUCAAUUCAGUAAUCACUUGUAUGGAUGGCAGGAAGUACCCAGAGCUCAUCAAAGGAUUUGAUAGGGUGCUGCUAGAUGCUCCAUGUACUGGUACUGGUGUGGUAGCCAAAGAUCAAAGCGUGAAAACGAGCAAAGACGAAGUUGAUAUCCAGCGAUGUUACAAUUUACAAAGGGAACUCUUAUUAGCCGCCAUAGACAGUGUCAACGCAAACUCCCCGACAGGAGGUUACAUCGUUUACUCGACCUGUUCUGUAUUGCCCGAAGAAAACGAAUGGGUAGUUGAUUAUGCUUUGAAGAAGCGGAACGUCAAGCUGGUCAGCACAGGAUUGGACUUCGGAACCGAGGGAUUUGUUAACUACCGGCAUCACAGAUUCCAUCCAACAAUGAAGAUCACAAGAAGAUUCUAUCCACAUACCCACAACAUGGAUGGGUUUUUUGUAGCCAAAUUGAAGAAAUUUUCGAAUCUUAUCCCUUCAUCUGACAAAUCCAAAGAUGGAGAGGAAAAUGAAGAUGCAGAUGAAGAAUUUACUAUUGAAAAUGUUGAAUCUGAAGAGGACGAUUCAGAGAAGACUAGUAAACAAAACAAAAAUAAGAAACGUAAAAGAACCAGCAGUGAAGGCGACAAAGGUGUUAGUAAUAGACCGGUAUUGAAUGCCGUGGAUAAAACAAAAAAGCAUAAAUCAACUUUGAAAGGUGAUAAACAGAAAAAAGCGGGUACGAAGACUCAUUUGAAACAGAAAAAAGGUACUAAAAAUGGUAAUAUAGGACGGAAAAAGUAAGCCGACAAUAUAAAUAUGUUUUAUAUAC